AAGUCAGGGAGGGAAACGACAUUCCAGAUAAAACGUUCCAUCAACUGCAGCUGAAACCCAAGAUCCACAAAAAGGCCCAUUACAGAAUACCGCACUUAAUUCCAAAAGAAAGAAUGUACGCAGGAAUGCAAAGCGCCUCCUGAAACUUUCCUCUCUAGGUGUCUUUUUGCAAUGGUUAUGAUCUCAGGUCUCUCGUGGCCAUCUGGAGACCAUUAGAGGUCAUGAAACGGCAGCUUUUCAAAGAUGAUCGAGACGUCUGCGAGCGUGCAGACGUCUCGAUCAUUCUUUCAAACAAUUAGCUGCUAUCUAAAACUGGCGUGCAUCUGUUCCGUUAGGAUUUGUCUGCACAUCCAGCUGCGUGUCAUCUUCCUGCUCAUUCAGGGUUAAAUUCUCACAGACACUUGACUUCCUGUCGCAAACCUCUCACCUCGACGAGCCCUCCUCGCUUGCUUUUUUUUUCUUCUUUUUUCCCUCCAGUGAAUGUUAUAAAUAGCGCUGUGUGUUUUGCCGAGCGGCCGUCCUCCUCUCGAAGCGCGUCGCCCACCUUUCGCUCAGUCGCAUCACCUUCUUCUCCUCCCGUUUUUCCAAGAGCAAACACCUCACACCUCACACAGCUCACACCUUUUGACAGGAUCUUUCCGCUUCUUAUCCUGAGAGUAAAACAUCCUGGACGACUGUCCGAGGUGAGCGCAGCCCGUCAGCAUGCGUCGUGCGAGCUGGUUGCUGCUGGGGACCUUCCUCCUGGCCCUGGGUCCUGCUGUGCACGGCGCUCCGGCGCAGUGCCCCGACAUGUGCCACUGCCACGGCGACCUUCAGCACGUCAUCUGCGACGGCGUCGGGCUGAAGAGCAUCCCGCGGGUGUCAGAGGUCACGCGCCUGCUGAACCUGCAGAGGAACAACUUGGGCGCCAUUCCCACAGGGGCCUUUGGCGAAAGCAAGGGCCUCGUCUCUCUGCACAUGCAGCACUGUCAGCUGCGGGAGAUCGGAUCUCAAGCCUUCAAGGGGCUGAAGAAGCUCGUCUACCUCUACCUGUCCAACAACAAGAUCAGCAGCAUCAGGCCCGGGGCCUUCGAGGACCUGACGGAGCUCACUUAUCUCCACCUGGACGGGAACCAGAUCGGCGAGCUGGCCAGCGGCCUCUUCUCCCCCAUGAUCAACCUCUUCAUCCUGCAGCUAAACGACAACAGGCUCAGGGAGCUGCGGCCGGCGACGUUCGCCGGCGCCAAGGACCUGCGCUGGCUGCACAUGAGCGGGAACGAGCUGACCACCCUGCAGCCGGGCUCCCUGGACGACGUGGAGAACCUGGCCAUACUCCACAUGGACGGGAACCGGCUGUCCAGCUACCCGCUCGCGGCCAUGAGCAAGCUGCGGGUGGUGGAGGAGCUCACGCUGGGGAAGAACCCCAUGAGGACCAUCCCUGACAUCGCCUUCCAGAGCUUUGGCCGCUACAUGGAGAAACUACAGCUGGACAACAUGGGCCUGGAGAAGUUCUCCGAUGGUGCGUUCACAGGCGUGACGGCCAUCAAGUCCCUGAACUUGGAAAACAACAAGCUGAAGUCGCUCCCCAAAAGCCUCGACUUUGGCACCGUCACCAACCUCAAGAUCUCCAACAACCCGUGGAGCUGCACGUGCCAGCUGGCUCCGCUGCGCAGGUGGAUGGACUCUAGUCGCAACCGUACGGAUGCGGCGUGCGCAUCUCCGCCUCAGCAGAAAGGAAAGCAAGUGAGAGACAGCGCCGUCUUCGCUGGCUGCAGAGUCAAGCCGAAGAAGAAAAAGGGCGCGCGUCACUGAACACGCACCUGUGCAGGCCGACGGAGGAGCCCGUCCAGGGGACACGCAACACAGGAAAAGCAACGCUAGCUCACUCUACUUCAAGACUGUCUAUUUAUUCAUCUGCCAAAUAAUGACACAAGUUCACAUACACAUUCAUAUAUGCACACGCACACACAAAACUUUAUGGACCUCAUCCAUUGACAAAGACAUUCAGGUAACCACCAGAACACAGCAUGCGUAAAAGUAAAUGAAGGGACACGUUGUGUUUUUAUGGUGCGUUCAGGAUAAACUGAAUAAGAAACGGUCUGAAUGUUAUGAGGAUGAUGUUCAAUGAAGUCUCAGAUGUUUUGAUUAGCGUGAAGGUAUCUAAACUAAAGACCAAACAUCUUGGGAAAAAUUCUUAUUUGCUCAGAUGAUGAGAUCGAUAGCAGUCUAAUGUUUUGAAGCUACAGCAAUCAGCAGGUUAGCUUAGCAUAAUGAUUGGAAAUACAUAAUACUCCUGUCAGCACCCGCAUAGAUGUGGGAAAGCUUAUUAGGUGAGUCGAUGUCACCAAUCUACCUUCUUUUAGUGACAUUUUCUCGGCGCGAAGGAAUUUUUAUCAUCAAAAAAAAUGGAUUUUUUUUAGAAGAAGAAGUUGAUCUAGAAUAAUAUACAUUGUGCUAUUCUGUCUUGAGCUAUAAAACCUUUGUGACAGACUUGAAACAUUUUUUCAAACCCUUCACUAAUUUAACAUGCAAAGAAAAAAAUACAGUAUUUCUUACACUAUCUGAGAGGGUUACUGCCUGUUAUGCAGAUAUAAAGAUAUUGAAUAUAUAGUGGCAGGUGGCAGGUGUUUACAUCCAAUAAACCUUUUACAAGAUCAAACCUCC